CUCUCCCCCUUCCCCGCCCAGUUUAGUCACGCGAAAGCUCACUGUCGCGGGGUGAAAGAAAAAAAAUAUCUCGUUGCCGGGAAAGGAAAAGCUCACUGCGAGUACAUACCUCCAAUGGCUGAGAAGAGCAGGAUCCUGAUCAUCGGCGGCACGGGUGACAUCGGGAAGUUCAUCGUGGAGGCGAGCGCGACGGCCGGCCACCCCACUUUUGCUCUCGUGAGGGAGUCCUCUCUCUCUGACCCCGCCAAGGCGAAGCUCGUCGAUGGUUUCAGGAGCCUGGGCGUUACUACAAUCCCGGGUGAUCUGUUUGAUCACGAGGGGCUGGUGAAAGUGAUAAAGCAGGUUGAUGUUGUGAUAUCUGCCGUCGGGACUAGGCUUGUGGCCGAGCAGGACAAGCUUGUCGCUGCCAUUAAAGAAGCCGGGAAUGUCAAGAGGUUUUUUCCGUCAGAGUUUGGCAACGAUGUGGACCGUGUUCAUGCUGUUGAGCCUGCGAAGGUUACAUUCGCUACCAAGGCUAAAAUCCGCCGACUUGUUGAGGCAGAAGGAAUUCCAUACACCUAUGUUUCCUCCAACUUCUUUGCCGGUUACUUCCUUCCAACACUCGCUCAACCCGGAGCCACAUCACCCCCAAGGGAUAAAGCUAUCAUCCUAGGGGAUGGAAAUCCGAAAGCAAUCUUCAACAAGGAGGAUGACAUAGCCACCUAUACGAUCCGAGCUGUGGAUGACCCGAGAACCUUGAACAAGAUCCUUUACAUUAGGCCCCCUGCAAACAUCUACUCAUUCAACGACCUCGUGUCUCUCUGGGAGAAGAAGAUCGGUAAGACAUUGGAGAGGAUCUACAUUCCGGAAGAGCAAGUUCUCAAGGACAUUCAAGAGGCCCCAGUUCCAGUCAAUGCGGUACUGUCCAUCUCCCACUCUGUGUUCGUAAAGGGAGAUCAAACCAACUUUGAGAUCGAGCCGUCAUUCGGAGUCGAGGCAUCAGAGCUCUACCCCGAGGUUAAAUACACCACUGUGGACGAGUACCUCAGUCAAUUCGUCUGAGUCCUGUGAUAUGAGAACUGUACGAGCUCUAACAUGCUGAGCGGGGAUAAUAAAUAAAUCUGAGGUCACUGGUUGAUCUGCUUACAGUUUAGUUUGUGAAUGCAGCUUUUUCUCUAUGAUCA